AUGGAACGAGUAGCUCCCUCGUCAUUUGUUCUCAAAGUAAAUAUCAGCUGCCAUGGAUGUGAGAGAGACAUCGACAAAGUGAUGCAAAAAAUUCCAGGACUAUGGCCUAAAUCAACGAUAAUAGAUGCAAAGCAAGGAAGAGUUACUGUUUCUGGCUUUGUAGACCCUCAAACCGUAAUAAGGGAGCUUAGGAAGGCUGGGAAAAUAGCAGAGCUCUUGGUAGAGCACAACCCUCGGGCUCCUGCCGCGGCUAAUGACCGGAAUUUGCAGAUUAUUUCACGGUCAGAAGUGGAUGUGGGAAAUACACGGGGUCAAGCUGUUGUCGUUGACCCAGUUCGCUUGGUGGCAAAUAUGGCCCAGUUCGUGAAUGGUAUUGAACGCUUGAAGUCAGUGGAGCUGACCCGUGACCGUAUAAAGAUGUCUUUCUUCGAUUAUCCAAGUGGGAAAUAUGGUCAUACAUCUCGUGGCAGUGGUGAUACAUCUCGUAGCAGUGGUGUUUCAAUGGAACGAGUAGCUCCCUCAUCAUUUGUUCUCAAGGUAAAUAUCAGCUGCCAUGGAUGUGAGAGAGACAUCGACAAAGUGAUGCAAAAAAUUCCAGGACUAUGGCCUAAAUCAACGAUAAUAGAUGCAAAGCAAGGAAGAGUUACUGUUUCUGGCUUUGUAGACCCUCAAACCGUAAUAAGGGAGCUUAGGAAGGCUGGGAAAAUAGCAGAGCUCUUGGUAGAGCACAACCCUCGGGCUCCUGCCGCGGCUAAUGACCGGAAUUUGCAGAUUAUUUCACGGUCAGAAGUGGAUGUGGGAAAUACACGGGGUCAAGCUGUUGUCGUUGACCCAGUUCGCUUGGUGGCAAAUAUGGCCCAGUUCGUGAAUGGUAUUGAACGCUUGAAGUCAGUGGAGCUGACCCGUGACCGUAUAAAGAUGUCUUUCUUCGAUUAUCCAAGUGGGAAAUAUGGUGAUACAUCUCGUGGCAGUGGUACUACAUCUCGUAGCAGUGGUGGUAAUACAACUAGUAUCCGUAAUAGUAUCAGUAGUGGUGGUGGUGGUAGUGGUACAACUAGUAUCCGCAGUGGUGGUGGUGGUGGUACAACUAGUAUCCGUACUAGCAUCAGUAGUGGUGGUGGUGGUGCAGCUCGUAUCCAUAGUAGUGGUAGUGGUGGUACAACUAGUAUCCGUAGUGGUGGCAGUGGCACAAGUAUCCAUAGUGGUGGUGGUGGUGCAGCUCGUAUCCAUAGUAGUGGUGGUGGUGGUACAACUAGUAUGCGUAGUGGUGGUGGUCAUCGUAUUAAGUCUACGGGAGCACGACAACCUUAA